AGAUUUUACAGAGACGCAGGGCUUUGUAGAGAGAGAGAGAGAGAGUGAUAGAGAGGGAGAUAAAGAGAGAGAAAGGUGAUUACAUAAAGCUCUCCUUUUUCAGACGACGAAAAGGCGCUUUACUGUGUUUCCUUGUCGGAAAAAUGUCGUCAGAGAAUCAGGAAUCGGAGGCUCAACUAGAGUUGGGUGAAGAGAAACAGGACUCUCAGGAGAAGGACUCAAACCCGGUAAAGGCAGAGGAAGCCAAGCUAAAGGCCAAGUACCCCAACCUGGCCCAAAAACCCGGAGGCUCUGACUUCCUGAUGAAGAGAUUACAGAAGGGACAAAAGUACUUUGACUCUGGUGACUACAACAUGGCAAAAGCUAAGAUGAAGAAUAAGCAGCUGCCUGCCACAGGAGAUCACAUCCCUACCCCUCAGGACCUGCCGCAGAGGAAGUCCUCACUGGUCACCAGCAAGCUAGCAGGAUAGAACACACUCACAUAUACACACACAUACACACACACACACACACACACACACACACACACUCACAUACUUACCCUCCUCAAGCUUCAUGGGCCAGUCAUACGAACCAUCUACUGUUCACACUGCACUGCGCCUCCCCCCACAGACCGGAGCUGCCCCUCCGUUCUCCCUGUCUCAUCAGUUUGGAUUUAAAGAAGAUUUGGGACAAAAUGGAUACACAGAAUCAAGAAGAAAUGUAAAUGAACCCCACACACACCCUACUCACAUUUUCUCAGACGAAAGGCUGUGUUUGACCUGUGUCAGCUGAGAGAGAUUGAGGGA